AUGACGUCCACAUCGAGCGAAAGGCGGGCGUUUGCUCUCAAAAUCAACCGGACUGUCGCUUCAGAGGUUCGGAAGCAAGUGUCCAGAGAGUACGGCUCGCCUCUAAUGUCCAAAAAGCGAGGAACCGUGCACCAUCCUUUACCCCUGACAGAGGUAGUUGAGCCGCUGGAUUUUGAGGAAUAUGUGAGCAGUCACGCUCCCGGGGUGGAGCCCGGCCCCCUUAGACAACUCGUGGAAUUCCCCCAGGAUGACCUGGAACUCCACCACAUGGACAAGGAUUGCACCACGUUGGAGCCUCCGCUGCCAGAGGAGGAAGAUGCACUGGAUCCCAGAGUGAGAGAUGCUUUGGCAGUCUACACAGAUGACUGGCUUGUCAUUCAGAGAAAAUAUCAGCGCUACAGCCCCUCACACAGCCCUCACAGCUCAGAGCGACAACGGGAGAGACAGCGAGGCUUGCUCAAGCAGAACUUUGAACUGGAUGAAGCCAACGCCGUAGAGCGCCAAGAGGAACAGAAUGACACUAAGCGGCGGUCCGUAUCCAUUGACGAGACCCCACGGGGGAGCUGGGCCUCCAGUAUCUUUGACCUGAGGAACUCGGCCCCCGAUGUGCUCCUCCCAUCUGUGCUGGAACGCACGGGGCCCGAGGACAUGGACUGCCGCAACACCGAGGCUCGCCUGCGGGAGCGCCAUGGGGACCUGCUGGGACUCUACCUGCCACCUGAUGAGGAUGAGGCUGUGGAGCGAUGCUCUGUCCCCGAAGUACCCAAAGAACAUUGUGGCCAAAGAAUCGUGGUGAAGUGUCUUUCUCUUAAAUUUGAGAUUGAAAUCGAACCAAUAUUCGGAUCGCUCGCUCUGUAUGAUGUCAAGGAAAAGAAGAAGAUUUCCGAGAAUUUCUACUUCGACCUGAACUCCGAUCAGAUGAAAAGCUUGCUAAAGCCUCACACGCCUCACAUCGCCAUUUCCACUUUGGCGCGCUCGGCUAUUUUUUCCAUCACGUACCCGUCUGCGGAUAUCUUCUUGGUCAUAAAGCUUGAGAAAGUUCUUCAGCAAGGAGACAUUGGAGAGUGCUGUGAACCCUACAUGGUCAUGAAAGAGUCGGACUCUUCUAAGCACAAAGAGAAGCUUGAGAAAUUGCGUCUUCAGGCAGAGCAGUCUUGCAGUCGUCUUGGCUGCUUCCGAAUGCCUUUUGCCUGGACGGCCAUUCACCUUUUCAACAUCGUCAGUAGCGUUGGAGGCCUGGACCGCUUGGAUCCAGACUCAGACACCGAGCGCAAAGGCCACGGGACGUGGAACGAGAGAAAGAAGAAAGGAUAUGAGCGAAUGAGUGUCGGUGACGACAUUUGCAACUUUGCCACUUUCCGUCCGGCAACGCUGACUGUCACUAACUUCUUUAAACAGGAGGGUGACAGGCUCAGUGACGAAGAUUUAUACAAGUUCCUGGCAGACAUGCGUAGACCAUCAUCUGUCCUGCGGCGACUAAGGCCUGUCACAGCCCAGUUGAAAAUUGAUAUCUCUCCAGCACCAGACUCGCCUCAUUACUGUCUUUCACCUGAGCUGCUCCACGUAAAGCCCUACCCUGACCUACGGGUUCGCCCCACCAAAGAAGUUCUGGAAUUCCCUGCUCGCUAUGUGUAUACACCACAUACCACCUACAGGAACCUGCUCUACGUUUACCCUCAAAGUCUGAACUUCAGUAGCCGCCAGGGCUCGGUGAGGAACAUUGCCGUGAAAGUUCAGUUCAUGGCGGCGGAGGACCCCAGCCAAGCUUUGCCUGUCAUCUUUGGAAAAUCGAGUUGCGCAGAGUUCCUAAAAGAGGCAGUCACUCCCAUCAUCUACCACAACAAGUCUCCUGAGUUCUAUGAGGAGAUGAAGCUGAAAAUUCCUGCUAACCUCACAGACAACCACCAUCUUCUCUUUACCUUUUACCACAUCAGCUGCCAACCCAAACAGAAUACUCCUCUGGAGACUCCUGUGGGCUACACUUGGAUCCCUCUAAUGCAGCACGGCCGAUUGCGCACGGGUUCCUUCAGUUUGCCCGUGUCUGUGGAGAAGCCCCCGCCCAGCUACUCGGUGCUCACCCCCGACGUUCAGCUUCCUGGCAUGAAAUGGGUGGAUAAUCAUAAAGGCGUGUUCAACGUGGAGGUGACAGCUGUGUCCUCAGUACACACACAGGAUCCCCACCUGGACAAAUUCUUUACUUUAGUGUACGUGCUGGAGGAGUGCUCCUUCCCCUUCCGCCUAAAGGAUGUCAUCAUUAGCGAGGCGAACAUGGAAGGCGAGCUGAAGGCCAGCAUGGCCUCGCUGAGGGGGGCACUGCUAGACACCUGUGUCAGGUUCCUACACCAGCUGCUCAACAAACUCAUUCAGCUCAUAGUCUACCCUCCAGUCAUUGCCGGCCAAAUCGUGAAUCUUGGCCGUGCUGCCUUUGAAGCCAUGGCUCUUUUAGUCAACCAGAUUCACAAGAAUCUGGAGGGCAACCAGGACCAGCAUGGACGCAAUAACCUGCUGGCAUCCUACAUCCAUUACUGCUUCCGCCUGCCAACUGCUGAGCCAGCAAUGGCGCCGCCAACUGGCAGUCUUUCCUAUGAGAUGCCGUUGCAGUACGCUACGUUUUCCAGAGCGACGGGCCGUCCGAGUAGCCUUAACUUGGCUCGCUCUAAAAGCAUCAGCAACUCUGACCCCGACUUAGCCAGCACUCCGGCUUCACCUGACGAGGAAGUGGAAAGAAUCAUUGGUAGCAAGGGUAUUGAUCGCUCCCACUCCUGGGUAAACUCUGCUUGUGCCCCCGGGGGCUCCAGAUCUGUGCUACGCCGGAAUCCCAACUCCAGUUGUGAGCUCAAGCAGGCAAGCGACCCCAGCAACAAUCGCAUGUCUGCCUUUCUGGACAGCGUGGCCUCGUUUUCGGUCCCUCCGAGGCAGAUUACGAAAAAGCUGCUUCACGAAGAACUUGCUCUCCAGUGGGUCGUCAGCACAAGCACUGUGAGGGAAGCGGCGUUGCAGCAGGCCUGGUUCUUCUUUCAGCUCAUGACAAAAAGCAUGGCCCAACACUUGUUCCUCACCUCGAAAUUGGACACUCCCCGACGUCAGCGCUUCCCAGACCGCUUUGUGGAUGACAUCGCAGCACUUGUUUGUGCCAUCAGUGCAGACAUUGCCACUCGAUACCACAAGGAUGUGGAACUGGUGGAGAGGUUAAAUAGCAGCCUGGCCUUCUUUCUCAAUGAUCUGCUGUCUCUCAUGGACCGAGGCUUCGUUUUCAACCUUAUCCGCACUUACUAUAAACAGAUUGGCAACAGAUUCCACAUGACGCACAACCCUAGUUCUUUGACUGCUCUGCGAAUGGACUUCAUUCGGAUUGUAUGCAGUCACGAGCACUAUGUAGUACUCAACCUCCCGUGCGUCACUCUCAGCCCGCCGGCAUCACCUUCCCCCUCCACGUCCUCCACCACUUCACAGAGUUCAGCAUUUUCCAGUAUGGUGCAAGACCAAGGCGUGGCGACCAUGUUUGAGCUUUCUGUUCCAUUUCGGCAACAGCACUUUCUAUCAGGCCUGCUCCUCACUGAGCUAGCGCUCAUACUUGAUCCUGAAGGAGAAGGCGUUUUUUUCCUCCAUAAAAAAGCUAUAUGCGCGGUUCAUUCCCUGCUGUGCAGCCACGAUUCCGAUCCGCGCUACAAUGACCCUCAAGUCCGAGCGCACGUCGCUCAGCUGUACCUGCCCCUCCUUCCCAUCAUCACAGAAGCCCUGCAUCAGCUUCAUGACUUUUCAGACUCCACCACGUCUCGAGUCCGCCAUGCCCACGCAGACGACGCCGACCUAGACGGUAGCAGCACUAUCAGUCAGUCUGUUGCCAUGGCAAUUGCUGGCUCCCCAUUGCCGCAUGCCAAGGUUAACCCAUUUGCAAUUCCCACAGUGGCAGGCCGCCAGGGCAGCGUUCUGUCCGCCGAGUGCAGCCGAACUCUGCUGGUGUGCUUUCUUUGGGUGCUGAAGAACGCCGACGCCACUCUCUUAGAGUGCUGGGUGUCUGAUAUGUCAGUGCAGCAAAUCAACCGUCUGCUGGAUCUCCUACAUCUGUGCAUCUCCUGCUUUGAAUACAAGGGUAAGAAGGCUUUGGAGAGGAUCAACAGCUUGACGUUUAAGAAGUCACAGGACAUGAAGGCCCGUCUGGAAGAGGCCAUUCUCGGUACCAUCGGUGCUCGUCAGGAGAUGGUGCGCCGUUGCCGAGAGCGGAGUCCUUAUGGGAGCCAGGAGAACGUCAGGUGGAGAAAGAACGUCACUCACUGGAGACAAAACACAGACAGGGUCGACAAGACCAAGGCUGAAGUGGAGCAGGAGUCUGUAGUGGAUGGAAACCUAUCUACAGAAGCAUCUCUGGUAGUAUUGGAUACGCUGGAGAUUAUAGUGAAGACUGUGGUGGCAUCAGAACUGAAGGAAAGUGUGUUAGGUGGUGUGCUGAGAGUUCUACUCCACAGCAUGGCAGGCAACCAGAGUGCUCUGUUCCUGCAGCACUGCUUCACAACACAAAGAGCGCUCGUCUUCAAGUUUCCAGAGAUGCUAUUUGAAGAGGACACUGAGCUUUGUGCGGACCUGUGCCUUCGUCUGCUGCGCCACUGCAGCAGCAGCAUCGCCUCUGUUAGAAGUCACGCUGCUGCAUCGCUUUACCUGCUCAUGAGGCAAAACUUCGAGAUAGGAAAUAAUUUUGCCCGAGUUAAGAUGCAGGUCACCAUGUCGCUGUCCUCCUUGGUCGGAACGUCACAGAACUUCAAUGAGGAACAUCUCCGCCGGUCUCUUAAGACCAUCCUGACUUACGCCGAAGAGGAUGUGGAGCUGCGUGAAACCCCUUUUCCAGAACAGGUUCAGGAUCUUGUGUUCAACCUGCACAUGAUUCUCACAGACACAGUAAAGAUGAAGGAGCAUCAGCAAGAUCCUGAAAUGCUCAUUGACCUAAUGUACAGAAUUGCAAAGGGAUACCAAAACUCCCCAGACCUCCGCCUGACGUGGCUUCAGAACAUGGCAGGCAAGCACUCUGAAAAAGGAAACCACGCAGAGGCGGCGCACUGUCUUGUCCACAGUGCCGCUUUGGUGGCGGAAUACCUCAACAUGUUGGAAGAUUGCCGCUACCUACCGAUUGGCUGCGUCACCUUUCAAAAUAUUUCCUCCAAUGUGCUGGAAGAGUCAGCUGUAUCAGAUGAUGUCUUAUCACCAGAGGAGGAGGGUAUUUGUGCCGGAAAAUAUUUCAGUGAAACAGGCCUGGUGGGCCUCUUGGAGCAAGCAGCUGCCUCUUUUAACAUGGCCGCCAUGUACGAGGCCAUAAAUGAGGUGUAUAAGAUUCUUCUGCCGAUCCAUGAAGCUAACAGAGACUUCAAGAAGCUUGCCACAGUGCACGGAAAGCUGCAGGACGCCUUCAACAAAGUCUACAACCAAAGUUCAGGAUGGGAGAGGAUGUUCGGCACAUACUUUAGGGUGGGUUUCUACGGCUCUCGGUUUGGAGACCUAGACGAGCAGGAAUUUGUCUACAAAGAGCCAUCAAUCACCAAACUGGCUGAGAUCUCCCACAGACUUGAGGAGUUCUACUUGGAGAGGUAUGGAGACGAAGUGGUUGAAAUAAUCAAGGACUCCAACCCUGUGGACAAAAGCAAAUUGGAUCCCAACAAGGCCUACCUCCAGAUCACCUACGUUGAGCCUUUCUUCGACACAUAUGAGCUCAAGGAAAGAAUCACCUACUUUGACAAGAACUACAACCUGCGCACCUUCAUGUAUUGCACACCCUUCACAUUGGACGGCCGCGCCCAUGGUGAACUGCAUGAGCAGUACAAGCGUAAAACCAUCUUGACAGCUUCACACGCAUUUCCUUACAUCAAGACGCGCGUCAAUGUCACUCACAAGGAGGAGAUCAUCCUGGUGCCUAUUGAAGUUGCCAUUGAAGAUAUGCAAAAGAAGACGCAGGAGCUGGCUUUUGCCACCACCCAGGACCCGGCCGACCCAAAGAUGUUGCAAAUGGUGCUGCAGGGCUGCGUGGGUACAACCGUCAACCAGGGCCCCCUGGAGGUGGCGCAAGUCUUUCUCACCGACAUUCCCGAUGACCCAAAGCUGUUUCGCCAUCACAACAAAUUGCGGCUGUGCUUUAAAGACUUUGCCAAAAGGUGUGAGGAUGCCCUGAGGAAAAAUAAGGCUCUUAUUGGGCCUGAUCAGAAAGAGUACCACAGAGAGCUGGAGAGGAACUAUAAUAAACUCAAAGAAGCAUUGGGUCCACUCAUCAACCGCAAGAUCCCGCAGCUCUACAGGACUCUGCCGGCUCCGGCUACACAAACACCACGGAACUCCUUCAGUCAUUCCAGCCUCCGAAGAGUGGAGGGCUAA